AGGGGCUGCAGGAGCUUGGGGGCCAGUGGCAGGAACAAGUCUUUUCCGACCCCAUGGAGCUGUAUGAGACAUCCCCCUACUUCUACCAGGAGCCCCGCUUCUAUGAUGGGGAAAACUACCUGCCUGUCCACCUCCAGGGUUUUGAGCCACCAGGCUAUGAGCGGACUGAGCUCAGCCUGAGCCCGGAGACCCAAGGGCCCCUGGAAGACAAGGGGCUUGGGACCCCCGAGCACUGUCCAGGCCAGUGCCUGCCGUGGGCAUGUAAGGUGUGUAAGAGGAAGUCGGUGUCUGUGGACCGGCGGAGGGCGGCCACACUGAGGGAGAAGCGCAGGCUCAAGAAGGUGAAUGAGGCCUUUGAGGCCCUGAAGAGGAGCACUCUGCUCAACCCCAACCAGCGGUUGCCCAAGGUGGAGAUCCUGCGCAGCGCCAUCCAGUACAUUGAGCGCCUGCAGGCCCUGCUCAGCUCCCUCAACCAGGAGGAGCGCGACCUGCGCUACAGAGGCGGGGGUGGGCCGCAGCCUGCGGUGCCCAGUGAAUGCAGCUCCCACAGUGCCUCCUGCAGUCCGGAGUGGGGCAGCGCACUGGAGUUCAGCCCCAACCCAGGUGAUCAUCUGCUGGCUGCUGACCCUACUGACGCCCACAAUCUGCACUCCCUCACCUCCAUCGUGGACAGCAUCACAGUGGAGGAUGUCUCUGUGGCCUUCCCAAAUGAAACUAUGCCUAACUGAGUGUCUGCCAGGCUGGGUGUUCAUGUGAGCCCCCAUGCUGGCCAUAGAUGCCACCACUUCUGCAGCAGGAGACUCUUCCACUAGCCUAUCCUGAUGCCGGGAAGAUAACCCUGGGCUGCCAUAGGCCAGACUAUCCCCCUCCUCAUCCAUAUAAGUUAACACACCGCUCAGCACAGGAAUGGAUGCGUUCACUUAGCUGACUCCUUAGAGCAGAGGCAUCCCCUUUCCAAGGAGGUACAGAUGGGGCCACAGAACUCCCUUGUGGAUGCUCCCUCCUCAGGAAACUCAGGAGUUUCCUUUUUAUCCUUUAACUCCAAUCUCUAAAUGAAACGGUUUGAGAGACAAAGACAGUAUCCUUACCUGGAUAAGAGUGCACAUCUCCUGUUCUGGUCUCUCCCUGAUGCCAGUGGCUGGGCUGGGCCUGCCCUGAACUGAGAGAAAGAAAGGGAGAGGAACAAUCCUUUGUUCCCAAGUUCCUGGGGGGCCAAGCUUUUGCAGUUAAUAUUGGGAACCUUCCAGUGGUUUUAUGUUUUGUUUUGUUUCGUGUGUUGUUUGUAAAGCUGCCAUCUGACCAAGGUCUCCUGUGCUGAAGAUGCCAGGGACAGGCAGGGAAAAGGGGGUGGGUCUUGGGGUGAUUUCUUUUGUUAACUAAGCAUCGUGUGGUUUUG